UCCUGCAUCUUCUGAUUCGACUGAAGCGAGGGUUCUGUUUAAAACAUUUAACGUGUAGUAACCGUUCAUCUUUAAAGUUUUACAUGCCAUACAUAAAUUACUUUAUUAUUUACCGUAAAGUACAAACACGAGUAACACAGAAGAACUGAGUGAGGUCUAUGUGACACAGUUUUAUAAAGAUGCCGUUUAUUAAAGAAGAGUGUGAAGAUGUGAAAACUGAAGAAGCAUUCAGAGUUAAACAUGAAGAUAAAGAAAGAAAAUGUAUUAAAGGGGAGAGAGAAGACAUAUGCAUUAAAGAAGUAUUCAGUCUGAAAGAUACUGAGGAACAAACAGACUUAAUGGCAUUGAAAAAAGAGAACAAAGUACUCGGUAACAUGGAAGAGAAACAUCUGCAUGAUUUUACAGAUGGGAAAAAAUAUUUUAGGUGUUCACAGACUGAAAAGAUUUCCACGCGAAAAAAAGCUCAAAAGACUGUAACAACUAGAAGCGACUUCACUUCCUUUCGUUUUGGAAACCGUUUUGAUCAACAAGGAAACCUCAUUGUCCACAGUGGAGAGACCCCUUUCACCUGCCAGCACUGUGGAAAAAGUUUCAGUUGUAAAGGAAGCCUUAAGAGGCACAUGAGAAUUCACACCGGAGAGAAGCCUUACGCCUGCCAGCAGUGCGGUGAGAGUUACGGCCAACCAGGACACCUUAAAGUGCACAUGAGCGUACACACUGGAGAGAGUCCCUUCACCUGCCAACACUGUGGAAAACGUUUCAGUCAUCAAGGAAACCUCAGCCACCACAUGAGAAAUCACACCGGAGAGAAGCCUUACGCCUGCAAACACUGUGGAAAAAGCUUCACUCAUAAAGGAAGCUUCGACAGGCACAUAAGAAUUCACACCAGAGAAAAGCCUUACACCUGCCAGCUCUGUAGGAAAAGUUUUUCUCAACAUGGAAACCUUGAAGUCCACAUGAGAAUACACACUGGAGAGAAUCCCUUCACCUGCCAGCAGUGUGGGAAAAGUUUCAGUCAACGAGGAAGCCUUAAUCACCACAUGAGAAUCCACACCGGAGAGAAGCCUUACGCUUGUAAACAGUGCGGACAAAGUUUCGCUCAUAAAGGAAGCCUUACCUGGCACAUGACCGUUCACACUGGAGAGAAGCCCUACACCUGCCCUCAGUGUGGAAAGAGUUUCCAUCAGCAUGCAAUCCUUAACACCCACAUGAGAAUCCACACCGGAGAGAAACCGUACACCUGCCAACAGUGUGGACACCGUUUCACUCAUAAAGGAAGCCUCAACUGGCACAUGAGAAUUCACACUGGAGUAAAGUCUCAGCAUGACAACAGUGUUGUAGAUUAAAGAUGAAUUCACACAGCAUAAACCCUCACAUUUCAUUCAUCAAAGACAAAGGAUAAUAUCUUGAAGAAUGUCGAUGGACAAGCAGUUCACGGGAUGUUGUUGCAGUGAGAGGCAUGGCUUGACCAGAUAUUGUCCAGUUAGGUCUUUUUUUUUUAAGCUGCCGGCAUCUGUUUUUGAUCAGGUUUCUAUGGACUAAACCGUUUUUUCAAAUAAACACUUUUUUAAAAUGCCACCUUAGGACGUUAGGCCUUAGGUCAAGUGCUUUUUUGACAGUUGACCAAUGACCAAGCGAGUAGCCAGAUCUGUAGUUUCCAUAACAACAAAAAAGUGGAUUAGUACUGGUCUCGGAGCACAAGGACAAGUUUAGUCUAAAAUAUGUUGCAAGCCGUGCAUCAUCUGCCCGGAGCUCCUGGAAUAAAUUGUUGUAAGCCGCAUACUGGUUCCUUCCCCAUAUAAUAAUGUGCACCUGCAAACGGUAUUGUGAACCAACAUUUUCUUCCCCGUUAACUUCAGGCUACUGUUGCAGCUGUUGCUAUAGCAACAAAAGACACUCUUGGCUGCUUUUUUGUAAGAGGAGUAAAGUGAUGGUGUCUGUUAUACUUUAAUAAAAGGAAGCAGCUGUAAGUAAAUCACAUGACAACCACAUCAGGUAUCUUUUAUUAGCGACAUGCAGUGCAGAUGAUAACACACUACAAUUGCAAAGCAGUCAGGUGUACAAUGAUUCACACAAACAUAUAAAUGUAACUGAUUUCUUGGCACACAAUUGAAAAUAAUCCACUGCAUCCUCAGUGCCUGAUUCUGGGAGUAUUAUUGCAGACAAAACAAGAAUUAGAUUGUUUAAAUAGUCAUUAUAUGAGUAUCUGCUCUAGAGGAUAUAAAGAUGGUGACGGUGGCUCUAUGCUCACAGGGCAGAGAUUGUCACACGUGGGUGUUUUUGAUUUAUGGAGAACAUAAAAAGGCGUAGGUGGAUUUUCACGAUUAAAGGGUGGUUCUUUACACACACUGUGGACACACAUUAAUGUUCAAACACCAUGUAAAAGUACAGUAGGACCUCUUUAAUAAUGUGUAUUAUAAUAUUAUAAUAACGGGUCUGAUUCUCACCUCAUUGUAAUAAUGAUAAAACUGUAUGCUUAAGCACAAUUUAUCAGUGUGUUCUUUGGUAUUUUUCGUGGUAUACCUGAAGUCUGUUAAAUUGGAACAACUAAUUUUGCCCUAAAAGCAUUUUAGUUGUCCAAAAGCAGUGCUGAAGUUCAACUGAAUUUGUAAUAAAUACACUUACGUGCUAAAGUGGAAGUAAUCCAAGUAAACUUAAAAGUACCAUAGAAAGCAUUGAUACAAUAUUUUAUAUUGUGAUUUUUGUCUUAAGAAAGAGCAGAACAUCUACAGAAACUGCUUUACAUGUCCACUUACAACCCUGGGAUUUGUCUUUAGAAUUAAAUGGUCUGUUUUUACCUAUAAUAUAAUAUUUCAGCUGACGUGCACAAAUAAUAUGACAUUUAUUAUAAAGGGUUUAUAUGUGAAGCCUGUUUUAAGUUCACUUAAAUUAGAAGUUAUUUUUCAAGUCUAAAUGUUAAGAUUGAUAGCUCAGUUAUACUGUAAUGUUGAAUGGCUAUAGUCAGUGGUUAAGUUUAAAUAAAUUAUAAGUUAUUUUAAAUGUUCAAAUGGAUAGCUUUGUAAUUCUAUCUAUCUCUAUAUAUAAUUAGUUUAAUUCAUUAUUGUAGUUUUAUUAUGUGAUUUUGAUCAUGUGAGGUUUGAAUGUAUUUGAUGUGACUCUUAAUAGACCUGAAAUGGAAGCACUCUUGGACACUGGAAGUUCUCUGUUAAUGCUGAAGUCAUGCUCUGUAAAUAAUGUUAAUUAUGUGAACACCACUUCUGUUCUGUGCAUCCCUGAGCUGAGGUAAUGGUGGAGGUAAAGGAACGCUGCCAUAAUCGACAGUUUACGUGCUGAUGUGAUUCUAGAGGCUUCAUGAACUUCGUCAUCAAGGACUCUGAACAUCCUGUUUCCAGUGCAGGUCUGCAGCCACUGGCCGGAAGGUCCCAGGAACCAUAGCACAACUUCUGAAACUCUGAAACCUUUAUUUGUCAAAUGAAGAAUAUGUAGUGAUGAAUGAUGUAUUAUAUGUAUGAACCAGUGCAAAACAAAUCAAUGAUAUCUUUC